AACUUUCAGUUUAUUUUCCUCCUUAAUUUUAUAUCACUGAUCUUUGCUGUUGCUAGUGAACAAUUUUUUGUAUGUCAAGCAAGGUAGUGAUAUUCUAAUGGAAUAUGUGCAGAGGAGACACCUUUUUGCUUCUCAGUACUCACCAACUUCUUAAAAGCAUUCUCACUGAAGGAGGAGGGAAAUUGUGUGCUCAGUGCUUCAGAAUAUGACUCUGGCUAGAGGAAGCCACCCUGGGAGGAAAAACAAAGAGCAGUGUAGCUUAAACAUAGGGAAAGGUGUCCCAGGGUUAAAGUUGACUACAUAUCAGCUAUGAAUCCAUACUGUAUCACUGCAGUUAUUAAACACUGAAUCAAACAUUUGUACUUGAAAUGGCUGAAUAUAUGUAAAAAGUCACGCUGUGGGGCUGGAAGUCUCUGCUGGAGUACCACCUCUGCUUUUGAUCUGAAAAUAAAUAAGGAAAAUUUGUACAAGGAUGAAACAACUUUGAAGGAAUGUGGGAAAAGGUUAAGUAGUGAUGCCUUGGGUCACUGUGUUUUCCUUAGUGUCUUAAAGUCUGAAGGUCUGUGCUUCUGUCUCCAUGUCGACAGUCUAAUCAGGUGAGGCUGAAAUUCUGAGGGGGCAGAAUUUUAGUCUCUCAUACAUACUGUGAAAAACUUCCAUACUGGACAGGACCUUGAAGAGAACAUGUCUUCAAUAAAAGGCCAAUACUUUUAAAUUGGGUACAGAAUGGGGAACUGCCUUUGGACAUGCAAGGACUGUGGUCUUAAAAUAUUGUCCACUAAAAAAAAAAAUGAAGAAAGGCUUCUUGAAGAAGUGGCUGAUUCUAAGUCUGGGAAAAAAUAUGCACAAGGAUCAUGGCUGCUGUUCCUCAAAAUAAUCUCCAGGAGCAACUGGAACGUCAUUCAGCCAGAAAACUUAAUAAUAACUUAAGUCUUUCAAAACCAAAAUCUUCAGGUUUCACUUUUAAGAAGAAAAUACCUUCCGCCAACGAUUUGUCUAUAACUAGUGUGUCGGUAGCAAAAACACCUGUGUUAAGUGAUAAAGACAUUAAUGUCGCAGAGGCCUUUUCCUUCAGUGAACCUUUACCUCCCACCCCGAGUCAGCAGACAAGGAUCAGUGACCUUAAAAAUGCUGCAGCAGGACCACAAACCAAGAGAGUUGGUUCAAAACCAUCAUUGCCAGAUUUGUUACAGGUUCCACAGGAAGUUUUAUGUACUACCCAGAAUGCUCUGGUGCAGAAGGAACCUUGUGAUGACACUUUCAAGAGAUUAGAAUUUAGUUCUUCAUCAGACUCUUUUAUUACCAUCAAUGAUUGGGAUGAUAUGGAUGACUUUGAUAUUUCUGGAAAUUCAAAAGCAUUUGUUACACCAUCCAGAAAUCACUUCAUAAGAGUAAGCACUGCUCAGAAAUCAAAGACGUCUAAGAGGAACUUUUUAAAACCACAGCCUCGUAAAGCAAAUACAGUAAAGGCUGAUUUGACCCUUUCUUGCUCUGAAAGCAAGCAUGGAUAUUUGACUAGGAAACAGAAGGAUGACUCAGAAUGGUUAAGUAGGGAUGUGAUUUGCAUUGAUGAUGGCCCCAAUACUGAAGAGCUUUUAAAUGAAGACACUUGGGAAAGUCACUCGUUGAAAACUCAUUUGGGAGAGCAAAGAGAUAAUAGUGAAAAGAAGACAACAAACCUUGAAGAAACAGAAUUAGAAUCAGUUGAGAAAUCUCCAUGUAUUGAGCUUGAUGAAGAUGAUUAUGAUACAGAUUUUGUUCCACCUUCUCCAGAAGGAGUGAUUUCCGCCUCUUCUUCCUCUUUAAAAUGCUUUAGUAUAUUAAAGGACCUUGACACCUCAGACAGAAAGGAUGGUCUUAGCACAUCAGAUGAUUUGUUGAAACCUGAGAAAAAGACUACUCAGCAGCCUCCUCAAGAAACCAGCACAGGCUGUGACGCUACACAGAUUCGUUUAGAGCAGCAGCUUAUUUGCGUGAUGGACCAAAUCUGUGAAUUAAUUGAUACUAUUCCCGAUGAGGAACUGAAAGCUUUGGAUUGUGGGGAUGAACUGCUUCAGCAGCGGGACAUCAGAAGGAAACUCCUGGCUGAAGCAGGCUUGAAUACAAGCGAUGUCCGAGUUCUUGGAUCAAAGUGGAGAUUCAGGCCUGAUGCACCGGGUAGCCCCGUGGACACGACAUCUGUUUGCUUACCGUAUGCAUUUCCAAAGGGUGGUUCCUGUCCUACUGGGAGUUCUGUUAAGGGGUUAAGUUUUUCACACCUUCCCUCAAAUUCCAUUUCUACUGGGGAAUGUUUACUGACUGCUACUCCAGGAAAGACAGAAUUCUCAGCCACCUCAAAGGAUCUCUUUGAAAGACCAUUAUUCAAUUCCCAUUUACAGAAGUCCUUUGUAAGUAGCAACUGGUCUGAAACACCAACGAUAGAAAAAAGAAAUGAAAGCUCUUACUUCCUAGGAAAAGUUCUCACAAGCACUGCUGUGAAAGAUCAGGACAAACACGCUGCUUCAAUAAGUGACUUAGAAAGAGAAAUCCAGGCUUCCAGUGCUAUUGAGAAUUUUGACAUCGAUGACUUUGAUGAUGACGAUGACUGGGAAAAUAUAAUGCAUAAUUUAGCAACCAGCAAAUCUUCCACGGCUGCCUAUCAACCGACUAAGGAAGGUCGGCCAGUUAAAUCAGUAUCAGAAAGGAUUUCUUCAGCUAAGACAAACAGUCUUCCAGUGGCAUCUGCUCAGAAUAAAAACUUCCCUGAGUCUGUUCAGGAUUACACUGACAAGUCGACGCAAAAUUUAGCAUCCAGAAAUCUGAAACAUGAGCGUUUCCAGAGUCUUAGUUUUCCUCAUACAAAAGAAAUGAUGAAGAUUUUUCAUAAAAAAUUUGGCCUGCAUAAUUUUAGAACUAAUCAGCUAGAGGCGAUCAAUGCUGCGCUGCUUGGUGAAGACUGUUUUAUCUUAAUGCCCACUGGAGGAGGUAAAAGUUUGUGUUACCAGCUGCCUGCCUGUAUUUCUCCUGGGGUCACUAUUGUCAUUUCUCCCUUGAGAUCACUUAUAGUAGAUCAGGUCCAAAAGCUGACUUCCUUGGAUAUUCCAGCUACAUACCUGACAGGUGACAAGACCGACUCAGAAGCUACAAGUAUUUACCUCCAAUUAUCAAAAAAAGAUCCAAUUAUAAAACUUCUUUAUGUUACUCCGGAGAAGGUCUGUGCAAGCAAUAGACUGAUUUCUACUCUGGAAAAUCUGUACGAGAGAAAGCUCCUGGCACGUUUUGUUAUUGAUGAAGCACAUUGUGUCAGUCAGUGGGGACAUGAUUUCCGUCAAGAUUACAAAAGAAUGAAUAUGCUCCGCCAGAAGUUCCCCUGUGUUCCAGUGAUGGCUCUUACUGCCACGGCUAAUCCCAGAGUCCAGAAGGACAUUCUCACCCAGCUGAAGAUUCUCAGGCCUCAGGUGUUUAGCAUGAGCUUUAACAGGCAUAACCUAAAGUAUUAUGUGUUACCAAAAAAGCCUAAAAAGGUGGCAUUUGAUUGCUUAGGAUGGAUCAGAAAGCAUCAUCCACAUGACUCAGGGAUAAUUUACUGCCUCUCCAGGCGAGAGUGUGACACAAUGGCUGACACAUUACAGAGGGAUGGCCUCGCUGCUCUAGCUUACCAUGCUGGCCUCAGUGAUUCUGCCAGAGAUGAAGUACAGCACAAGUGGAUUAAUCAGGAUGGCUGCCAGGUUAUCUGUGCGACAAUCGCAUUUGGAAUGGGGAUUGACAAACCUGACGUGCGAUUUGUGAUCCAUGCUUCUCUUCCUAAAUCCAUGGAGGGUUACUACCAGGAAUCUGGGAGAGCUGGGAGAGAUGGGGAAAUAUCUCACUGCCUGCUUUUCUAUACCUACCAUGAUGUGACCAGACUGAAGAGGCUUAUACUGAUGGAAAAAGAUGGAAACCAUCAUACAAGAGAGACUCACAUCAAUAAUUUGUAUAGUAUGGUCCACUACUGUGAAAAUAUAACCGAAUGCAGGAGAAUACAGCUUUUGGCUUACUUUGGUGAAACUGGAUUUAAUCCUGAUUUUUGUAAGAAAUACCCAGAUGUUUCUUGUGAUAAUUGCUGUAAAACAAAGGAUUUUAAGACAAGAGAUGUGACUGACGAUGUAAAAAAUAUUGUAAGAUUUGUUCAAGAACAUAGUUCAUCACAAGUAACAAGAAAUACAAACCAUGUGGGCCCUUCUGGGAGAUUUACUAUGAAUAUGUUGGUGGACAUUUUUUUGGGGAGCAAGAGCGCAAAGGUCCAGUCAGGGAUAUUUGGAAAGGGGUCAGCUUACUCACGACACAAUGCUGAGAGACUUUUUAAAAAGCUGAUACUUGACAAGAUUUUGGAUGAAGACUUAUAUAUCAAUGCCAAUGACCAACCAAUUGCCUAUGUGAUGCCUGGAAAUAAAGCCCAGACUGUACUAAAUGGGCAUUUAAAGGUAGACUUUAUGGAAACGGAAAAUUCCAGCAGUGUGAAGAAACAGAAAGCCUUAGUGACAAAAGUAUCUCAGAGGGAAGAGAUAGUUAAGAAAUGUCUCGGAGAACUUACAGAAGUCUGCAAAUCUCUGGGAAAAGUUUUUGGCGUCCAUUACUUUAAUAUUUUUAAUACCGUCACUCUCAAGAAGCUUGCAGAAUCUUUAUCUUCUGAUCCUGAGGUUUUGCUUCAAAUUGAUGGUGUUACUGAAGACAAACUGGAAAAAUAUGGCGCAGAAGUGAUUCCAAUAUUACAGAAAUACUCUGAGUGGACAUUGCCAGCUGAGGAUGGUUCCCCUCGAAUAAGCCCGUCCAGCAGCAGAGGCACCGGAAGAAAUGUCUCUGAGGAGUUUAAUGAGGGAACACCCAUAUCUUCUCACUACUUUGCAAAUAAAACCAAAAAUGAAAGAAAGAGGAAAAGGAUGCCAGCUUCCCAAAGGUCCAAGAGGAGAAAAACUAGCUUCGGUGGUUCCAGGACAAAGGGGGGGUCCACCACCUGCAGAAGGAUAUCUUCUAAAACUAAAUCUGCCAACAUGUUUGGACCCGGUUCAGCUUUGCGUGGUUCUCAAGAAGCUUCAGGAGCCAGUGGAAAACUGGGUAUAAUGGCUCCACCAAAGCCUAUCAACAGACCGUUCCUUAGGCCUUCGUAUGCAUUUUCCUAACAACCACAUCCCUUGUACAUAGAUCUUAUUUCUUGUUUGUCAGCAUCUGACCAUCUGUGAAUAUAAAGCUGUUAGUUUCAUUACACCAUUUGUAAUUUUUACCCAUAUCUAUUAAUAUUUAAAUAAAUGCUUGGGAUGACAGUUCUUAUUUUUAAACAAACACUUUCUCUUGAAUAAGCAUGAUUUGCUGCCACUGCGAGCCCUGGGCCCAUUGUCUCUCAGAUCAUCGGGAGCAGCAGCUGGACAGUCUCAGGAAUGCUAAGCACAACUGGAGCACAGAAGUCGAAGGGAGAGACAUGCACGGGAGGACGCCGUGAAGCUGUAAGACUGUGUAGGAGACGACGUGACAGAAUUAAAGGGCAAAUGAUGGAGAGAACAGGAAAAAUGUGUGACAGGAUUAACAUCCAUACUACAGAGGACCCGUAACCACCGAGGCAAAAGUCAGCCCAGUGGAAAAACGAACAAAGGAUGUGACUGGGCUCUUCUCAGAGGAAGUACUCAUGGUCCAAAUAUGUGGAAAAUGCUCCUUCUCCCUAAUUAAAAGUGUCAAUUAAACAA